AUGUUAUCUUAUAUUAUUUGUUUGCUUUCUCAUUGCACACAGUCAACAUAUAACAGAGAAGUCACCAGAAUCUUUUUUCUGGGAUUCCAGAACCAUGAAAUAGUAAGUCUUUUGCUCUUCCCAUUUUUCCUUAUUAUAUACUGUGUGACAAUAUGUGGAAACCUCUUGAUCAUUGCACUGGUGUCCUACAGUAAGGUCCUCCACUCUCCAAUGUACUUCUUCCUCUCCCAACUUUCUAUAAGUGACAUAAUUUUGUCCACAGACAUUUCCCCUAACAUGUUAAGCAUUGUACUACAUGAGGGAACCUCCAUAUCUCUUUCUGGCUGCAUGAUUCAGUAUUAUUUCUUUGGCUUCUCAGAAGCAUCUGAAUGUUUCCUUCUAAUGGUGAUGUCCUACGACCGCUAUCUAGCCAUCUGUUCUCCUCUUCAUUAUGCCUCCAUUAUGAACCAUGUGCUUUGUAUUAAAUUAGUUAUUGUAUCUUGGCUGUUCAGCUGUUCUGUAGCUCUAAUGCUAACUCUUAGUAUGUGCCAACUACAAUUUUGUGGGCCAAACACGAUCGACCAUUUCCUUUGUGAUUAUGAUCCUCUGGUAGAACUUUCUUGUUCAGAUAUAUCCAUAAUUCAAAUGGAGGUCACGGUUUUGAGCAUUCCUGUGUUGGUGGCACCAUUCAUUGUAAUAGUAGUUUCAUAUACAUGCAUUGUUUUAGCCAUAUUAAAGAUAUCCUCCUCUUCGGGAAGAGUGAAAACCUUUUCUACUUGCAGUUCCCAUCUGACAGUGGUGUCUAUAUUUUAUGGGACUCUAAUCACCAUGUAUAUGAUUCCAAAAAGAGGACAAUCACAAAUUAUCAGCAAGACCCUAGCUUUAUUAUACACUGUAUUUACUCCCUUCCUAAAUCCUUUCAUCUAUAGUCUGAGGAAUAAAGAUAUCAAGCAAGCUUUGAGAAAUGUUUUGUAUAAUAAAAGGAUUUAUAUAUUAUUAGUAUACAGGCUUUAUAUAUUAUUAUUAUACAGGAUUUAUAUAUUAUUAUUAUACAGGCUUUAUAUAAUAUUAUUAUACAGGAUUUAUAUAUAUUAUUAUUAUACAGGAUUUAUAUAUUAUUAUUAUUAUACAGGAUUUUAUAUAUUAUUAUUAUACAGGAUUUAUAUAUUAUUAUAA